AGGUUGCCGGGGCUGUCGCGGGCUGGGGCGGUUGGGGCUGGCGGCUGUGGCGAUGGAGUCAGCGGCCGUGAGACGGCACCGUGGCGCGGCGGAGCGUCGGGAGGGACCGGCGGCCUCGCCGCACCCGGAGAGAGGGGCCUCCUCCUCGCAAGAGGACGCGAGGGGCGGCGGGAGGAUGCGGAAGGGGACGGAGAGCGGAGGCGCGAGCCGCGGCGCGGGGACGGCGCUGUCCGAGGCGCGCACGGUGCUGGCGCUCGCGCUCUACCUGCUCGUCCUGCGGGUGACCGUGCAGCUCUCGCUGCAGCGGCUGUUGCUGAGAGGGACGGCGGCGCUCCCGGGCGAGUUCGACGCGCGCCACGCCAGGGAUUAUCUGGAGCACAUCACAGCCAUUGGCCCCAGGACUACAGGGAGUACGGAAAAUGAAAUCCUGACGGUGCAGUACCUUCUGGAGCAGAUCAGACUGAUCGAAGCACAAAGCAGCAGCCUUCACAGCAUCUCAGUGGAUGUACAGCGGCCCACAGGCUCCUUUAGCAUUGACUUCUUGGGGGGCUUUACAAGCUACUAUGACAACAUUACUAAUGUUGUGGUAAAGCUGGAGCCGCUCGGUGGAGCCAGGCAUGCUGUACUGUCUAACUGUCACUUUGACUCAGUGGCAAAUUCACCAGGUGCCAGUGACGAUGCAGUGAGCUGUGCAGUGAUGCUUGAAGUUCUCCGAGUCAUGUCGGUGUCUUCAGAACCCUUGCAGCAUGCUGUGGUGUUUCUCUUCAAUGGUGCAGAGGAGAAUGUCUUGCAAGCUAGCCAUGGUUUCAUUACCCAGCAUCCCUGGGCUAGUUCCAUUCGUGCAUUUAUUAACCUGGAGGCAGCAGGUGUAGGAGGGAAAGAACUUGUGUUCCAAACAGGCCCUGAACAUCCUUGGUUGGUCCAGGCUUAUGUUUCAGCAGCUAAACACCCUUUUGCUUCUGUGGUGGCUCAGGAGGUUUUCCAGAGUGGAAUCAUUCCUUCUGAUACCGACUUCCGAAUCUAUAGGGAUUUUGGGAACAUUCCAGGAAUAGACUUAGCUUUUAUUGAAAAUGGAUACAUAUAUCACACCAAGUAUGACACAGCAGACAGAAUUCUCAUAGGCUCCAUUCAGAGAGCAGGUGACAACAUUUUAGCAGUUCUUAAACACCUAGCCACAUCUGACAUGCUGUCUUCUUCGUCUGAGUAUCGACAUGGAAACAUGGUCUUCUUUGAUGUGCUCGGCCUGUUUGUCAUCGCAUACCCUUCUCAUGUUGGCUCAAUAAUAAACUACAUGGUGGUCAUGGCUGUUGUUCUGUACCUGGGAAAAAGACUGCUGCAGCCCAAGCACAGGAAUGCUAACUACAUCAGAGACUUCCUGUGUGGACUUGGUAUCACUUUCAUUAGCUGGUUCACUAGCCUUGUUACAGUUCUCGUUAUAGCAGUGUUCGUCUCUCUCAUUGGACAGUCUCUUUCAUGGUAUAACUACUUUUAUGUCGCUGUUUGCCUGUAUGGAACUGCAACUGUGGCCAAACUGAUACUCAUACAUAGCCUUGCAAAAAGAUUUUAUUAUGUGAAUGCCAGCGGCCUGUAUCUGGGAGAAAUAUUCUUUGACACCUCAUUGUUUGUGCAUUGUGGUUUUCUUGUUACUUUGACUUAUCAAGGAUUUUGCUCUGCAUUCAUAAAUGCUGUCUGGGUAGCAUUUCCAUUGCUCACAAAGCUUUUUGUGUACACAGACUUCAAGAAACAUGGUGCCCAAGGAAGAUUUAUUGCUCUUUACCUUUUGGGGAUGUUUAUCCCGUAUCUUUAUGGACUGUAUCUCAUCUGGGCUGUCUUUGAGAUGUUUACUCCUAUCCUUGGAAGAAGUGGUUCAGAAAUCCCUCCUGAUGUUGUGCUGGCCUCCAUUUUGGCUGUCUGUGUGAUGAUUCUCUCCUCCUAUUUUAUUAACUUCAUCUACCUUGUGAAUAGCACAAAGAAAACCAUUCUGACCCUAACACUGGUGUGUGCAGCCACGCUCCUCCUCGUCUGCAGUGGAGCUUUUUUCCCAUACAGCUCCAAUCCCGCGAAUCCAAAGCCAAAGAGAGUGUUCCUUCAGCAUGUAACCAGAACUUUUCAUAACUUGGAAGGAAACAUAGUAAAAAGAGACUCUGGAAUAUGGAUCAAUGGGUUUGAUUAUACUGGAAUGUCUCAUGUAACACCCCACAUUCCUGAGAUCAAUGAUACCAUCCGCGCUCACUGUGAGGAGAAUGCCCCACUUUGCGGCUUCCCGUGGUAUCUUCCAGUGCACUUUCUGAUCAGGAAAAAUUGGUAUCUCCCAGCUCCAGAAAUUUCUCCAAGAAACCCUGUUCAUUUCAGACUUAUAUCCAAAGAGAAGACACCAUGGGAUUCUAUAAAGUUGACCUUUGAAGCAACAGGACCAAGCCAUAUGUGUUUCUAUGUUCGAACCCACAAAGGAUCAACGCUUUCUCUGUGGUCUCUUGGCAAUGGCACUCCUGUCACAAGCAAAGGAGGGGACUACUUUGUGUUUUACUCCCAUGGACUCCAGGCCUCUGCAUGGCAGUUCUGGAUAGAAGUGCAGCAGGUCUCAGAAGAACAGCCAGAAGGAAUGGUCACUGUGGCCAUUGCUGCCCACUAUCUAUCAGGGGAAGACAAGAGAUCUUCUCAGCUGGAUGCUCUGAAGGAGAAGUUCCCAGAUUGGUCAUUUCCCUCUGCGUGGGUUUCCACCUAUAGUCUCUUUGUGUUUUAACAUUGUGGAUGAACUUUUGGCACGUGCCUUUGGACAUGCCACAGGACAGUUUCUCUCC